AUGGCGGCGGAGGCGCAGCCCCAAAUCGUGGUCGAGGUGGCCGACCAACCCACCUUCGCCGAGACGACCGAGCCGCGCAUGCUCCUGGAGGCGAUCAACGAACAACGAGACGAAAUGUACCGAAUGAUUACCGAGCAGCGAAACACGAUUGGCGAACUACGCGAGGUGAUUUGCAAGCAGCACGACGCGAUUCAAGAACUACAUCGCCAACUUGCAGACACCAGGACCCAGCUUUCUGAAGAACUGAGACAAGCGCGGGAUCAGAUUGAUACCCUUCAACGCCACCCGGUAGCCAUGGCUUCGUCCCAACCAAGCGCAAGAGGGUCAUACGCCGAAGUCGCUCGCACCCCACCAUCAAGCCAGCCAAGCGGUGUGCGCACCCUCUCCUCGCGAAACACGACGCCUUCAUCCUUUACCGACACGUUGUUCUGUACGAUCGAUACAUCUAGGGUGGAGGAGAAAGAGAAGGGAAACGUCCAGGUGGCGGACAUUAGAAAGGCAAUCGAGACAGAGGCCAGGGCACAGGAAAGCAUGGGAGACUGGCGUUGCGCUGCGGUUGUGAAGGAGGCCCGAAACCCGGACCGAGUCAGAGUAAUCUGCAGGGACGAAGGCGAGGUCCAGCUCGUCAAGGAAGCGGCAGUGAAGAUCAGUGUUCCUGGAGUGCGGGUAUUGAGAGACCAGUUGUACCCGGUGAGGGUAGACAAUGCCAACCGAACAGCGGUCCUCGAUGCGGACGGAAACAUCCUGCCGGGAGCCGCAGAGGCGCUAGGGACAGAGAACGACGUCAACAUUGCGAAGAUUGCCUGGCUCAGCAGGAAGGAUACAAGCAAGGCCUACGGCUCGAUGGUUGUCUACGUGACGAAGGGCAGCGAAGCAAGGCGACUUCUAGACGGGCGUUACUUCCAUCUCGCCGGAGAAUCCGCUUACACGACCGUUUUCGCGCCCCGGGAAGGCCCAAUCCAGUGCUACAGAUGCCAGGAGAUCGGCCAUAAGGCCUUCGCCUGCAAAAAGCCGCAAAGAUGCGGAAGGUGUGCGGAACAGGGUCACCACCACAAGACGUGUCAGUCCGUGGUCCUGAACGAUAUGGAGGUCGAGCAGAUUCCAGUGCCGUCGGCAGACCUCACCGCAGCACGCAUUCGGCUCCCAGAUCGGGCAGUGCUGAUGGUGUCAGUGUAUGUGGAGGGUGGUAGUGACGAAGCACUGGAAGAUGCAAUGAGGGAAAUUGACCGACUGAUUAGGAGGUUUCGAAACGGAACAGGGACGAGAACGGAUAUCAUCCUGGCGGGCGAUUUCAACCGCCACGACCAGCUUUGGGGAGGGGACGAUGUCUCACCACGGAGACAAGGCGAGGGAGACCGCAUCAUCAACCUCAUGGACGAACACUCCCUCUGCAGCCUCCUCCCAAGAGGCACGAAGACGUGGCAGUCAGGCGACAUUGAGAGCACAAUCGACCUGAAACGCGGCCCUGGGCGGAAAUUAGGACUAGGGUGGCAGCAAACCUCGAAACGCAUCCCCUGGGACGGCAAUGUCCAGCAGCAGAACGGACAAGGCUCAUGGCAGCGACAUACACGUUUUGGAGGAACCAGGCGAGAUCUCGACGUAGGAUUGGGCAAACAGCACCAGAGCUCGAACAACGAGCCAGGAUGGCAGCCAAAGAGUACCACGACGCCAUCCGCAGACAGAAGAGUUCGCAUUGGAACGACUUCCUGGCCCGAUGACGCUAACAUCUGGCAAGCAACGAAGUAUCUGCAAACCGGCAGCGGCACGAUGGGCGAUAAGAUACCCCCGCUCGUCCGACCCGAUGGCUCCAUCACGGAGGGUAAAGCAGAACAAGCGCAGGAGUUACUCACCGCCUUCUUCCCACCUUUGCCAGCGAGAAUCGAAGACGAGGGCCAACGACCUCAACGGGCGCCGGUACACAUGCCAGACCUAACAAUGGAGGAGAUAGAACAAAAGGUCCUGUCCGCUAAGCCAUGGAAGGCGCCCGGGGAAGACGGUCUACCGGCAAUGGUAUGGAGACAGCUCUGGCCAGUGGUCAAAGACAGGGUGCUCCAUUUAUUCCGGACGUCGCUUCGAGACGGCGACAUCCCCAGCCAGUGGAGGAAUGCCAAGAUCAUCCCAUUGAAGAAGCCAGGGAAGAGCGAAUACACUCUAGCCAAGUCCUGGAGACCCAUCUCGCUGCUCUCCACGCUGGGAAGAGACGCUCGACCGAAACAGGCUCUCCUUCUGCUUCAGGAACACAUCUACAAAGCAUGGAGAGCUAAGGAAGGUGCUCAGUUUGAUCAGCUUCGAUGUCAAGGGCGCCAUACAAUGGGGUCCUUCAAAAAGACAGGCUUCUCCAGAGGCUCAAGGCAAGAGGGAAACCUGAACCCCUGGGUCAAGUGGAUCGACGCCUUCUGCUCCAAGCGCACAGCGACCAUUGGCCUGCAGCACAAGAUCGACGCGAACGGAGGCGCAAUUGCCUUCGUGGACGACUACACUGCCUGGGUAACGGGCCCGUCAGCGGAGUCGAACCGCACUGGAAUCCAAGCUAUCAUCGACAAAGCCCUUGACUGGGAGAAACGGAGCGGUGCGCAGUUUGAAGGCGAAAAGACAGCCAUCAUACACUUCACGAGGAACAUGGAGCGAUUUUCAGAACAACCGUUCUCGGUCAAAGGCGAAGUGGUCAAACCGAAGGAAAGUGCGAAAAUCCUAGGUGUCGUGAUGGAUCGCGAACUCCGCUACAAGCAGCACAUUGCUAGGACGGCAGCUAAGGGCCUCGCAGCCGCUCUGGCCCUGAAGAGGCUGAAGAUGCUUUCCCCGCGGACAGCGAGACAGCUAUUUGUUGCGACAGUAGCCCCGGUCAUGGACUACGCUGCCAAUGUCUGGAUGCAUGCGUGCGGGGAAAAGGCACUGAGCUGGCUGAACAGGGCGCAGAAAAUCGGGGCUCUGGUCAUCACGGGAGCCUUUCGAACCGCGGCAACAGCCGUGGUGGAAGCUGAAGCGAGCAUCUACCCCGUACGAGAACGACACGCCCAGGCGGCAGCCAGUCUGUGGAUCAACAUCCACACGCUGCCCGGAACGCAUCCCCUUGCCAUGAAGAAAGUCCGGAACACCGUACGAUUCGUAUCUCCGCUGCAGAAAAUUGCCCGUGUGGCCGAAGGAGUACGAGUUGACCGGAUGGAGACAAUCCAGGAAUACGCCGUCCCGCCCUGGGUACCUCGCCUACGACCGACGCUCGAAGCCGAUCGAGGGAAGGCGGCCGAGAUGGUCAACAAAAUUUCGGGAAUCGUGAUCGCAACCAGCUCAUCCGUAAAGAAGGGCAUUGUUGGCAUGGGCGGCCUUGCACGGGAUACUCUCUUCAACAGAACUAGCGAGACUGUGACAAACUAUGCUGUUGUUCUUGGGACAAGGGAAGAGCAGAACCCAUAUACAGCAGAGCUAGCAGCCAUCGCAAUGGCCCUGGAGAAGUUACCGGCUAGCAUCUGCCACAGGCACAUCACCGUGAUCACUAGGAACCAGUCAGCGCUGGCAGCAGUUGGACAGCCGCGGCAGCAAUCCGGCCAAAGCAUCAUACGGCAAAUCUACGACUUGGCCAGGCUGCACCGACAAAGAGGGAACUCGGUCAACUUUCUGUGGAUACCAGCGGAGAUUGACUUCGCGCUGGGGUCAGAUGCCAAGGCAGCAGCCCAGAGAGCGUCGAAGCAAGGACGCACACCCGACUCCCAAAUACCCCAGGCCAAGUCUACCGCGAUGAGGCUGGCAAUGGAAAGACAACGGGCGACAAGAGUUCUACCUGUAAGCGUGGGCAAGUUCUCAAAGGCCAUGGACGCAGCACUACCAGGCAAGCACACGCGCCAUCUCUAUGACAAGCUGAAGCGAAAGGAGGCCUGCGUAUUGGCGCAGCUCCGAACCGGAAUGGCGAGACUGAACGGUUUUUUGAGCAGGAUUGGGGCGGUCGAGUCAGACCUUUGUGCCUGUGGACAAGCGAGGGAAUCAGUGGAACACUUUCUUUUCCGAUGCGUGAGAUGGACAGCUCUGAGGGAAGACAUGCUGCAAUGCACAGUGGCAAGACGAGGAAAGCCUCUCGUUCUAUCUGGGAGGGAAAGCGCCAUCAGAUACAAGGCAUUGGUCACCAGAUAUGAAGGCAGUCAGGGCGACGAUCAAAUACGCAAUGGCAACAGGAAGGCUGGAGCUGAAUGA